ACACAACACAACAAAAUCUCUUUUUUUCCACACAAACAAACAGAGCAAAACGCAGAGAAGAGCAGAGGAAACGGCAACCAUGGGGAGUGAUUUCAACGGCAGCUCAGCUUCCUUCGUCAAGAUUCCGGCAAUAAAGUUUACUCAGCUGUUCAUUAAUGGAGGUUUCGUCGAUUCCGUUUCUGGUAAAACAUUUGAGACAAUAGAUCCAAGAACAGGGGAGGCGAUAACAAGAGUUGCAGAAGGAGAUAAGGAAGAUGUUGACUUGGCUGUCAAGGCGGCGCGUGCUGCCUUCGACCAUGGCACUUGGCCUCGCUUGCCUGGCGCCGAGAGGGGAAGGAUAAUGAUGAAGCUUGCAGACUUAAUUGACCAACAUUUAGAAGAACUAGCUAUCUUGGAUACCGUUGAUGCCGGGAAGUUGUUCAGCUCUUGCAAGACCAUGGACAUACCGUUUGUAGUAGAAACGCUACGUUAUUAUGCAGGUGCAGCUGACAAAAUCCAUGGAGAGGUGCUCAAGAUGUCGCGCAACCUUCAAGCGUAUACAUUGCUUGAACCCAUUGGUGUUGUGGGGCUCAUUGUCCCCUGGAAUUUCCCGAGCGCCCUGCUUUUCACAAAGGUCAGCCCUGCCUUAGCUGCUGGUUGCACCAUGGUCACCAAACCUGCUGAGCAAACACCUCUAUCUGCAUUAUACUGUGCUCAUCUGGCUAAGUUGGCUGGUGUUCCUGACGGAGUGUUCAAUGUCAUAACUGGAUUUGGAAAGACUGCUGGUGCUGCCGUCAGCCAUCAUAUGGACAUUGACAAAGUCAGUUUUACUGGUUCCACUGAGGUUGGGCGUGAAGUAAUGCAGGCUGCAGCAAAGAGCAAUCUGAAACAAGUUUCACUUGAACUAGGAGGCAAAUCACCCCUUGUGAUUUUUGAUGAUGCUGAUAUAAAUAUGGCUGCUGAUCUUGCUCUCUUGGGAAUCCUUUUCAACAAGGGAGAAAUUUGUGUGGCAAGUUCCCGUGUUUAUGUUCAAGAAGGGAUUUAUGAUGAAUUUGUGAAGAAGUUACAAGAGAAGGUGAAAGAUUGGGUAGUCGGGGAUCCUUUUGAUCCUAGUGUCCAUCAAGGACCACAGGUUGAUAAGAAGCAGUUUGAUAAAAUCCUAACCUACAUUGAGCAUGGUAAGAAUGGAGGAGCCACUUUAUUAACAGGGGGCAAGCCUGUGGGGAACAAGGGAUAUUACAUUGAACCUACAAUAUUCACUGAUGUCAAGGAUGACAUGCUUAUAGCCCAAGAUGAAAUAUUUGGACCAGUAAUGGCUUUGAUGAAGUUCAAGACAAUCGAGGAGGCGAUACAGAGAGCCAACAACACCAGAUACGGCCUAGCAGCAGGGAUCAUAACCAAUGACUUGAAUGUGGCCAACACUGUCUCAAGGUCAAUUCGUGCAGGCAUUAUUUGGAUCAACUGCUACUUUGAAUGCGAUCGAGACUGCCCUGGUGGAGGGUAUAAGAUGAGUGGAUUUGGAAGAGAAUCUGGUAUGCAGGGCCUCUAUGAGUAUCUCCAUACCAAAUCUGUUGUCACUCCCAUUUAUAACUCCCCCUGGCUCUAAGUUACAAUAUAAUCUCACGGCUGCCAGAUUGUGACCUUGUAUUUGUGCGAUAAUAAUAGUUUCGUUGGAGGGCGGGCUGGCUGGUUGGAAAUUGCCUGAUUUGGGCCCAGUGGGACCCACAAGCCCUUAGACUUAGUUCUUGGUUGGAGACGAUUUUCGUGUUAUUCUGAGCUAUUUUUAGCUCUAUAGUCUUUUAGUCAGGUCGAUUGGAGAUUACCUAACUGCCCAAGACAAGGACUUGUUUGGAAUGAGAGCCUACAUCGAAUUUUUAUCGCAUAAAAACAUUGAAUUAUAGUUUCGUUGUCAAUACGAGCGGAAUAGUCAAACUACGAGAGCAUUGGUAAAUGCCCACGCCUUGUUGGAAAUUGGAAGAUCCCCGAAGCUGACCCCACCCCAUAACUAAUCAGACUCAUCUGCUAGGGUAAUUUUGCUCACCACUUUAGUGUUCCGGAUCCAUUGAAAAAUUUCUCUUCUAA